ACGUGCGCGAUCACGCGGUCCUACCCGGAAGCGCGCCCGGGCUCCUGCAGGCGGGGCGCAGUGCGCGCCGCGAUCCGCAUUUGCAGGACCAGGGAUGCCGUGCUGCUCUCCCAUGAACUAGUCCCCAAGUCUCUGCUGCAGCCCUUUCUGAACCUCUGACUGUCUGGAUGCUCCACUGUGCUCCUUGCCAAGAUGAAGUGCGUCUUGGUGGCCACUGAGGGUGCAGAGGUCCUCUUCUACUGGACAGAUGACGAGUUUGAAGAGAGUCUCCGGCUGAAGUUCGGGCAGUCAGAGAAUGAGGAAGAAGAGCUCCCUGCCCUGGAGGACCAGCUCAGCACCCUCCUAGCCCCGGUCAUCAUCUCCUCCAUGACGAUGCUGGAGAAGCUCUCAGACACCUACACCUGCUUCUCCACAGAAAACGGCAACUCCCUGUAUGUCCUUCACCUGUUUGGAGAAUGCCUGUUCAUUGCCAUCAAUGGCGACCACACUGAGAGCGAGGGCGACUUGCGGCGGAAGCUAUACGUGCUCAAGUACCUGUUCGAAGUGCACUUCGGGCUGGUGACUGUGGACGGUCAGCUUAUCCGAAAGGAGCUGCGGCCCCCAGACCUGGGGCAGCGUGUCCAGCUGUGGGAGCACUUCCAGAGCCUGCUGUGGACCUACAGCCGCCUGCGGGAGCAGGAGCAGUGCUUCGCCGUGGAGGCCCUGGAGCGGCUGAUUCACCCCCAGCUCUGUGAGCUGUGCAUAGAGGCACUGGAGCGGCACGUCAUCCAGGCUGUCAACACCAGCCCAGAGCGGGGCGGCGAGGAGGCCCUGCAUGCCUUCCUGCUCGUGCAUUCCAAGCUGCUGGCAUUCUACUCUAGCCACAGUGCCAGCUCCCUGCGCCCGGCCGACCUGCUCGUCCUCAUCCUCCUGGUUCAGGACCUCUACCCCAGCGAGAGCACAGUGGAGGAUGACACUCAGCCUUCCCCACGGAGAGCCCGGAGCAGCCAGAGCAUCCCCGUGCAGCAGGCGUGGAGCCCUCACUCCACAGGCCCAACCAGGGGGAGCUCUGCAGAGACGGAGAGCAGGGACAGGGUUGAGCCAGCUGGGAGAGCCUCUCAACCUGAGCCACCUUCUCCAUUCCAGGAGACAGACAGCUUCUCCCUCCCUGAGGAGUACUUCACACCAGCUCCUUCCCCUGGUGAUCAGAGCUCAGGUAGCACCAUCUGGCUGGAGGGGGGCACCCCACCCAUGGAAGCCCUUCAGAUAGCGGAGGACACCCUCCAAACGCUGGUUCCCCACUGCCCUGCGCCUUCCAGCCCCAGAAGGAUCUUCCUGGAUGCCAACGUGAAGGAAAGCUACUGCCCCCUAGUGCCCCACACCAUGUACUGCCUGCCGCUGUGGCCGGGCAUCAACCUGGUGCUCCUGAGCAGGAGCCCCAGCGCGCCCCUGGCCCUGGUCCUGUCCCAGCUGAUGGAUGGCUUCGCCAUGCUGGAGAAGAAGCUGAAGGAAGGGCCGGAGGCUGGAGUUUCCCUGCGCUCCCAGCCCCUUGUGGGAGACCUGCGCCAGAGGAUGGACAAGUUUGUCAAGAAUCGAGGGGCACAGGAGAUUCAGAGCACCUGGCUGGAGUUUAAGGCCAAGGCUUUCUCCAAAAGUGAGCCCGGAUCCUCCUCCGAGCUGCUCCAGGCAUGUGGGAAGCUGAAGCGGCAGCUCUGCGCCAUCUACCGGCUGAACUUCCUGACCACAGCCCCCAACAGGGGAGGCCCACACCUGCCUCAGCACCUGCAGGACCAAGUGCAGAGGCUCAUGCGGGAGAAGCUGACGGACUGGAAGGACUUCUUGCUGGUGAAGAGCAGGAGGAACAUCACCAUGGUGUCCUACCUAGAAGACUUCCCAGGCUUGGUGCACUUCAUCUACGUGGACCGCACAACCGGGCAGAUGGUGGCACCUUCCCUCAACUGCAGUGAAAAGACCUCGUCCGAGUUAGGCAAGGGGCCGCUGGCUGCCUUUGUCAAAACCAAGGUCUGGUCUCUGAUCCAGCUGGCGCGCAGAUACCUGCAGAAGGGCUACACCACACUGCUGUUCCAGGAGGGCGAUUUCUACUGCUCCUACUUCCUGUGGUUCGAGAAUGACAUGGGGUACAAACUCCAGAUGAUCGAGGUGCCCGUCCUCUCCGAUGACUCGGUGCCUAUUGGCAUGCUGGGAGGAGACUACUACAGGAAGCUCCUGCGCUACUACAGCAAGAACCGCCCGGCCGAGGCUGUCAGGUGCUACGAGCUGCUGGCCCUGCACCUGUCUGUCAUCCCCACUGACCUGCUGGUGCAGCAGGCCGGCCAGCUGGCCCGGCGCCUCUGGGAGGCCUCCCGUAUCCCCCUGCUCUAGGCCAAGGUGGCUGCAGUCUGCCUUUGCACCCCGUCCUCCAGCUGCUCUUGCUUGUCACUGUUCCCCAUGGCAAGAGCCUGCUGUCUGCAGUGGCCGUCCUGAGGAUGGGGCAGAGUGCCCAGGGUGGCCCCAGGGUUUCUAAAACCCCACCUAGACCACCCUCCAUGUGGGGUAUGUGCAAGGCCCCAGAUCCUUCUCUCUGGAGGAAGAGGGAAGCCCAGGGGUCCAGUUUGUCUUCGUAAAACAAAAGUGGCAGCAGCUCCUCUUCCAGAGCUGCCUCUGCCUUAUCCUGGGAGAUGGGGAGGGAGCCCACCCGGCAAGCUCUCUCCUACCCCAGGUAAAAGGUGCUCCUUUGCCUGGGUCUGAAUUCCAGCCCUGCCACUUCCUCUCUGCAUCUCCCGGAAAGUUUCUUCUAUUCCUCACAUUUAAAGCGAUGGCACCUCCCUCCCAGGGUGGUGUGAGGAUUACCCAAUGCGGUAGGUGCUCAAUAAAUGUUGGUCGUUGUUAUCACUGAAGCUCAACACGCUUGUGCUUCUAGACCCUUCUGUCGUGCCAAUAAGCCCUUGCUAAGUCCCAGCCCCUUCACGCUCGGCUGGCGUCUGCCCUGGGGCUGGGGUUCUCAAGCCCCUGGCCCUGGCCCAGAGAUAUGGAUUCGCUUGGCAGCCGUGGAGCCCAGGCUUUGAUGUCUUUCAAAGCUUCCGUGGUGCGCCCUGGAUUGAGAACCACCACCCAAGGGGUACAGCCCCUCUCUUCCAACCGAGAAGUUCCUGUCCCAGAAUGGACCCAAGGACAAGAGAUCCUGAGAGCCCUGGGACUGGGAGCAUCUGCUCCUCUGAGGCCAGGAGGCUGGUGCUGGGCCAGAGAGGGCGGCGUGGCAGAAAUCAGCGUCUACCGCAGCACAGGAACAGAUGGCCCUGUGCUGUGCAUGCGGGAGCCGCGCCUUCUGUGUCUUCAGUCUUGGGCCAAAAUUCACUCAGACUGGUCUCUCCCUUGCAGGGGACAGCUUUGGGGAGGCGUUGGGGGAGCUCGAACCCACACGUUGGUCUAAACCCAGAGAAGGAGGCAGUGAGGAAGUGUCCCCUCAGGUGACUGGAUCUGUGGUCCUCCUUAUCAUCAUCUGAUGGAAUGGCAAUGAAAAGCAUGGAUUGUGGAAAAUACA